AUGCCCGUCCUGAACCCUUUCCUGCGCGCGCUCUUUCAGAGUAGUGUGCUAGGCCAUGCGCUCCCGGCCCAGAACUACGUUCUUCUCGUCCCUACGACCGAAUCCCUCCUUUACGGCCAAGACCGCGAGAGCAGCAAGAGAUAUGCCGACCAUGUCGAAGACGAGGAUUUCCUCGGCAGCCACAUCCUCCGAAUCAUCCCUGCGACGGCGGAGAAGGAUGGAAACGUCCGCGAUGGUCGUGGCAAGGCGAAAAACUACUCCACGGUCAAUGGGCGCACGGUGAUUCUGAAGGAGAACACCGUGUAUAGCAACAAAGGGUUUAAACACUUGAAUCAGGCCAGUCUGUUGAGCGACUUGCUGUACUACUCGACGGGAAAUGAUAUGCAACAAUGGCUCGUCUACUACAUUUCCAAACCACUGACUGGUCUGUUCGAGGCAUUGCCCAUCAAACCGGCACUCAUCGGAGAGACCAGAUUCAACCACGUCGCACCUGGCACCUCGUCCUCAUCUUCCGAACCUCCCACCCCGAAAAAGAAAGACAUAAAGACCUUUGGUCAGUUGUUGGAGAAUUUUCCUAUGAUACAGCGACAGAUGCAACCCGGUCUAGAAAGAUUGUUCAAUGAAUUUAGCAAAGAAUUGGGAAAGCCGCUCCCCCCGCCCCCUUCACGCAGUCCAACGCCCAGCACGUUGGACGGGACGACUCAAGCAUCGGAGACGGCAUCCGUCAGGUCUAAUGGCUCCGUCAAGCUGCCCUUCAACUCUCCUGCGUAUUUCGAAGAUGAGGAGGAUCUCAUGCGGACAGCUCUGGAGACUGCGGUCACAGCUGCAAUCGAUCUGUUCCAAGGCGUCGACAAGCAGCAGCUUUCCUACUUGGGUGCGACCACCGAUUUGACUGGCCCCGACGUCGAGAGAUUGAUAGAGCGAUACGUGGCAGAGUAUGUUCACCCUACUCUACUGUUUCCUCGGUUAUGUGCGUUUCACAAGGCGCAAGAUCAAGAAUUGGAUCGGCGGAUACGACAGAUGGAUUGUUUAGACGUGUCUCAGGUGGGCAUCGUCCUUGAAGAUGGCAGAAAGGGCAAAAGAGACCUCAUCAAUCGGGUCAACCGUGGUGUCGCGGUAUUUCGGAGAAUGGGCGUUGCCGGGAGUCCUCAGGAGAUGCUCGAAAUCCUCCUCGAAACCCAAAAAGUCGUGUCGGAGCCGCAAGGGAUCUCCGACGAAGAAAAAAGGGCAGUGGCUGCAAUGACGAUCAACGCAGAUAUUCUGGUGUCCAUGCUCCUCCUCGUGGUUAUCCGCGCCUCAGUCAGGCAUCUUCAGGCAAGAUUGUCCUACAUGCAGCGCUUCAUUUAUAUUGACGAUGUCGAAAGUGGCGAAAUCGGGUAUUCGCUGAGUACACUCGAGGCCGUCUUGACAUAUCUGGUAAGGGAUGCCGGUGGUCUGCGCAAGGCAUCAAGACAAAACCAGAUGCUUUGGAAAGCUGUCAAAGGUGGAAAAAUCGACGAAGUCAGGUCGAUAUUCGAGGAGUCGGCUGUCAUGUCAGACGGCCUCGUCGAAGAACCUGCCGAGAUUCCAUUGUCGAGAGUGACAACCGCUUCUGCCAAAUCCUCCGAAUCAUGUCCACGGGCGGCACUCUCGCGAACCUCGUCAAGCGAGGGUGGUCUGUCGCAUGUAUUUCCUUUUCAGGCGGCCGAGAGAAAAAGCCUGCUCCCCAAACAGAAAAAGAAGGUGCAGAUGGCAGCUAGGAGCAUGUCGGUCUCAUCGGCGUUUUCACUUUCGUCCAGAGCCGCCACCAUCGAAACGUCUCUAAGCGGGAUCGAGGGCGACACGUCUGUGCAGAGCCUGGCUCAAACACAAGAUGCUGUCGGCAAUUCGGUGCUGAUGAUGGCCGUCGAAAACCAGCGCCCGGAAUGCCUACGAUACUUGUUGAGUCUGACGGAACUCUACAGUCCCGAAGGAGUGCUGUCAGAUGUAACCCAAGAAGGGGCAACGUUGUUGAGCGCCGCAGUCCAGUUGGCCAAUAUGGAACUGGUUAAUGUCAUCCUGAGCUACGCUGAGCAACACGCCGACGAGCAGGUAUUCCGUGAGUAUCUGUCUGUCAAAGACUCUCGGGGACGAAGUGUGGCACAUUACCUGUUCAAUACUCCUCAGCUGAUCAAAAGACUGGCCAAUGUUCUUCCCUGGCGACAAAGGGAUAACAUCGGCCAUACGCCUUUGUUUGCCAUUUGCCGGACCUACGACCACCCUGACUAUAGCAGCAUGGUCUCGGAAGCCUUGACUGCUGCAAAGGAGGCGCAACAUGACGGCGGCCCCCUGCGAAUGGAAGACCACAUGGACAACAAGGGCAACUCCUUGCUUCAUAUUGUCAACGACGCCACCAUCAUGCAACGAAUCCUGCAAACUUGCGAAGUCGAUCUGAAUGCCAUGAACGACAAGAAAUUCACUCCGUUGAUGCUGGCCAGCAAGUACGGGCGAGUGGACAUGGUUCGGAUUUUCCUGAGCGACCCAAGAAUAGAUUUGAACCUGCGGGAGUCCCGUGGGUUGACUGCUGUAGAACUGGCAAAAGACGACGAGGUGCGGAAUCGGAUUGACGACUUGACAUUAUUCUCGCCCACAAAUACAGCCGAUCCCACGGGGAGAAUCACAGCCAUUGUCCGGUCAUUCUUCGUCGAGGAUGGAUCAACAAGGUUUAUCCUCAAGUCGGGCGCUCCGAACCCUGCAGUCUCAAGCACGACCUAUACCAUCACCACCAGUCGACGCUCAUUGCAAGACUUUGAGAACCUGGCGAAAUGGCUUUUGAUGGAUUCGCCGGCGUCAUAUAUGCCGACCCUUCUAGCUUCGAACUUCCGGAAUCCUUUUCAGCUACACUCACGGCCGUCGCGCGCGGCGUUGCAUGAUAUACAAACCAGUCUCGACCGGUUUCUGAAGAUCCUACUGAAGCAUCCGACUUUCUCCACGCACGAGAUGUUGUGGGAAUUCUUCCUCGUCCCAGACAUGCUACAAGAACAGAUGGCCGAUCGAGCACGCCUCAAAGCGGAACUGAUACAGGAAAAGAUCAACGAUGAAUACGAACCCCUCAUAUCCAGAGCAGACAUGAUUGCCGUGGACGGUCUGGUCUCUCAUUCGCGAGACAUGGUGCGGAAAAUCAACAUCUGCACCAGAUCGUCCAUCCGCAAGGGCCACGCUUAUGUCCAAGCACAUGCGGACUUCGCCGAGGCGUUAAGCCUGUGUUCGGUGGCAUUUGCGACAAUGGGAACCCCUGCAACGACUCUUUCCAAGAUGCAUGUCGACGCCUUGUUAAAAUUUGCGGCUUUGAUGCAUUCCGAACCGGCGAGUUCUCCCCUGCAGAACUACAUUUGCAGUUUGAGCUCGUUUCACUCGACGGUCGCGGCUGUUCAGUCGGCGCUGCUGAAGCCGAGUGCGUUGAUCGACCGAAUCACGGCAGCUCAAAGGGCGAUGGAGAAGGACAAGUCGAACUUGGUGAACAACUCAAUCCCCAGAAAAGGCGUCCUGAAGAAUCUCAAUCUGCCUUUUCCGGGCACAGAGGAGUCGCGUUUAAAGGUGGUCAAAGAUACCGAGAAGAAGAUCUUGGAAAGAGGACUGGACAUUGAGAGAGUCGGCAGAGAAUUGCGGUAUUCGCAAGAGGUCGUCGUCGGGGAGCUGGCGGGUUGGACGACAUGGAGGCAAGAAUGGGGCCGGGCAGAGAUGAAGAGGCUUGCCCGAGGGAUUGUCGUCCGCGAGCAGGAACGGCUGAAAGGCAUGCAGAGAGUCCUCAGGGCAUUGAAGGGGAACUGA